AUGGUCACCAACAAGACGGUGGCUGGAGAGCAUGCGGCAAUUAUCCGAAGUAGCAGAAGAACUCAAGCUCGUACUGUAAUUUUUAAUCAACUUAUAAUUUAUUUUCUUCUCAUUUUAGAACUAUCUAUUAUUAGACAAAAGUCAUUAAAAAGUGACCAAGAGCUGGAAAUAUCAUAUAGAAAAGCAAAGGAGUUAGAAAUAUUUAUUAAAAAAUUUACAUCGAAAUUGGAACUACUUAACGACAAAAUAUAUAAAAAGAGGAUUUACCAUGAUGUAGAGGAGAGUGAAUUCGACCACGAACAGUCUGAGCAAACUCAAAAACUAAAGAUUACAGAGCUUAAAAUUCUAAAAUUGGAAGGAAAAAUUAUUGAGCUACAAAACGAAAUUGAAUUUUACAAAGAUUUUGUAAUAGAUAACCACAGGGAAACACUAUCAUGGGAAACAAAAUACAAAAUGCUUGAAGAAACUAUUAAAUGGGCGAAAAAAGAGCGCUCUGUUAAAGGUGAAAUAGGUCUGAUGAAAACUGAAAUACACCGCAUGAAUAUAAGAUAUAGUCAACUUAAACGAGCCCAGGAAAGUCUUGUUUUAGAUCUAGAGCAUUGCGUUAUGCAUCGUGAACAAAUCUUUGUCAAUGCAUCCGUCAAGGAGCACUUACAAACAAAAUUUAAGCAGAGAAAAAAUGCUUCUCAAAUUCAGAAUUCAGACAGAUCUUAACGAUAUAAUUAAGGAGGAUGCCAACAUUCAGGAUCGAAUAGAAGAAGGAGUGUUGGCUAAACAUGCUAACCUGGAGCAAAUAAUACGAAAACAGAUGAGAGCAAAAGCUUAUAAAAAGCUCAAUUCAUUAAAAUCACAGCAAGUAAUACUUCGUUCUGAGCUGACAGUUCAACAGAUAUCUCAAAAGCAAAGCGAGCUAAAUUAUAAUCUUACAGAAAUUUCAAAGGCUCUUUUGUUCUUGUGUUAAAGUACUUCAUGUUCUUAAUGACUAGAGAUAUAAAUUUAUAAUUUAAAAUGUAUCAAUACAGAUAAAAAUUGUGUUGUGAUGUUUGCAGCUUGGGGUUGGAAUCAAAAUAAAAACAUCGGAAAUACCAGAAUGUGGCAUACAAGUUUAA